AUGAAGACACACUCAACAAACAGAAGUGAUAUCUCAAGACACCGCGUGUGCACUCAUGAGGGCUGUGGUAAAGCCUUUAGGACAAAGUCCAACUUAAACGCACAUCAAUUAACCCACAAAACAGAUAAACCAUUUCAUUGUCCACACAAUGGCUGUCAAUACAAAGCCGUUUCUAAACGCUAUCUUAAACAACAUCUGAAGUCACACUCAACAGUCAUAACAGAUAGAGUGAACACAUGUCCCUUUAGUGACUGUCAGAUGGCAUUUAAGUCGAUGAAUGAGUUGAAUGUCCACCGCUUGACACACGUGUCCGGACCGGCCAUCAAGUGUGGGACCAAAGGCUGUAAUGAAAUGUUUUAUACGUUUUCGCAACGCCUGAGACAUCGGGUGUCGGUUCACAACCGACGGACGUAUAGCUAUCGCAGAGGAAAACAAUGGUUUGAAUGGAACGGAAAAAUAGAGACACAAGAAGUGAAUGAAGACAUGUUUAACAACUUGUAUGACAGCAAUGGUCUGGAGUUAAGAGCAGAUAUCAAUGAAGGAUCCUGUGGUAAAUCUACGGAACCGAUGAAUACAACGAAACAGACACUAUUGAACAUCAUUUCAAAGCCAUCGACAUCUCAAUCAUCAGAACUGGAGGUAAUCGAUCUCAUUAGUGAAGACUCGAUGGAAAUGCCAUCAAAUGAAUCGAUGUCUCAAUUCUUGCGACAAAAUAAGACCGAAAGAAAGAAAUGUCUUGAUUUAACCACUGAUGCAUACAUUUGUCCCAUAAAUGAGUGCCACAAGAGUUUUGAAACGGACGCACAGUUUGCGAAACAUUUGCAGUCAUGUCAUAGCGGAAGACAAUUCAUGUGCGACUAUGAAGGCUGUGGUAAAGCAUUUAAACGGAAGAAUACACUAAACGAUCACUUAUUAAUACACAAUAACAUUAAAUUUUUAAAUUGUCCGCAAAAUGGAUGUCAUUUUCAAACCAAUAAGAGAUUUAAUUUGAGACAACAUAUGAAGACACACUCGAGAGGACGGUUUAGUUGUGGUGUCACUGACUGUCAGAUGAUAUUCACCACAAGACUUAAUUUAAGAAAACACUGUCUAUUGAAUCAUAAUACGAAUCCAACCAUUGAGUGCGGAACCGAUGGCUGUAUUGAUAUCUUCUAUACUGAAAGUGAACGAAAUAGACAUCAAAUUAAGAUUCACAGCAAUAGAGAUGAUAAUCAAGAAGUGAAUCAAAGCAGUGAUGAUAACAACGCUCAGAAGAGUUAUAGUCUGAGAGACUUCCGAAUCAAACACCAAUUCCAAUGCCAACUGACAGACUGUGGCCAACGGUUUACCACUAAUGAAAUGCUCGCACAACACAUGAAUGUCCACAAUUGUGUGGAUCAGACAAACCGAUCAAUUGGUGAUGACAUUAACAAUGAGACUGAUGGCCACCUCAACGAUGUCCGGGAGGCCAACACACCUAGAUCAGGCCAACCUGGAUCAAUUACUUGUGUGAUUUGCUCGCAGACUAAACAUUAUUCUUACGUUCAAAAACGUCACGGAGUGUUCAGGCGACUGUCCACUGGGAGGCGAGCGUAACGGUUCGACCCGAUGCAAGUCGUGUUGGUUGAAAGUAUGUUUAGACAAAUUUCAUGUCGAUCGGCACCUGUGAUGCACCGCUCCCAACACAUCAUACGCUUGUAGUCAUUAGUAAAGCAUUGAAUUGAAGUUAAAUAACUUUUAAUCACCUUUUUUAGCAACUUUUUAGUCAUUUUUAAGUAACUUUUAUAGUGCCUAUAAGACUGGG